GAGCGGGGGACUGAGGGAUCGCUCCAGACCGAGGAGGAAGCCGCGCUGGCUGGCGCGCAGGCCCAGAAGCGAGCAGGCAGCCGCUGCCGGCGACGCCCCAGAGCGGAAGAGGGAAGUGAGUCGCGCCGGGCAGGGCUCGCCGAGGCAGAGGCAGCGCCGAGGGGAGGCCAGCGUCGCGUCGCGAUCCGGGAUGUCGAAGAACACGGUGUCGUCGGCCCGCUUCCGGAAGGUGGACGUGGACGAGUACGAUGAGAACAAGUUCGUGGACGAGGAGGACGGCGGCGAUGGCCAGGCCGGGCCCGACGAGGGCGAGGUGGACUCGUGCCUGCGGCAAGGAAACAUGACAGCUGCUCUCCAGGCUGCCCUGAAAAAUCCCCCUAUCAACACAAAGAGUCAGGCAGUGAAGGACCGAGCAGGCAGCAUUGUCUUGAAGGUGCUCAUCUCUUUUAAAGCUAAUGACAUUGAAAAGGCUGUUCAGUCCCUGGACAAGAAUGGUGUGGACCUCCUAAUGAAGUAUAUUUAUAAAGGCUUUGAGAGCCCGUCCGACAAUAGCAGUGCUGUGUUACUCCAGUGGCAUGAAAAGGCACUUGCGGCUGGUGGAGUAGGAUCCAUCGUUCGUGUUUUGACUGCAAGAAAAACCGUGUAGUGUAGUCCAGCUGGAACUGGACAUCGUUCAUAGGAGUGGGAGUUGCUGGUACAAAGACCAAAACAACCAAAUGGCACCGCUGCCCUGUGGGUAGCCUCUGUUUCUCUCAGCUUUGCCUUCUUGCUUCCUUUUCCAUAUCUGUAAAGAGGAAAAUUAUGUAUCAGUUUCCUUUAAUGAAAAUUGAAGUAAUGUGGAGAAAUUUUUGUUUCAAAGGGGUUAUUUGAACCCCAUAUCAAUAAUAUGUAUGCCCUUCUGUAAUUUAUAUUCAAGUUUGAUUGUGCAAUUUCUAACUGUUGGCUGAUUUAAUGGUUUUACUUUAUUUUUAACCAAUUCUGAGAGAUCUGAUCAAAUUUGAGGCCAAUUUCCUAACUCAUUGCUCGUCGGGAAGUGAUCUUUAUUUUUAAAAACAAGAGACUGGCAGCUACUAACAUUGCAAAACUGGACCACACUUCCCUUAUUUAAGCAAAAUGUGUUUCCAGAGCAUGUAGUGGGUAAGCCCCACUACCAAUUUCCAGCUUUAUUUCUGCUCACCUCCAGAUGAUGCUAUGAGUGUAAGUGUCUUACGUCCUGUUAGCAUCCAGUUAUCAUGGCCUCUCAAUCUCUUUGUGGUGACCCAGGGUCCAGAGCAAGGAGUCUUGCUCUAUAUAAAUGUAUUUACAAAAUGUAAAAACCUCUUUGGCACAAACAUCACGUUUUUCUUCUGAUAAUAAGGCUGUCUGGGUGAAACUAUUCCUGGUCAGAGAAAGGACAUUGAAACUGAUAAAAUUCAAACUCCAGCAGCCUCUGAAUGAAAUACUUUGAUCAGAAGUAAGGUAGCUGCCUUAGACAUUUUCACAAGUAUUCACUGUAACAUUUCGUAUGCCCAAUGAUGUCUUCAGUGUUCUUCAGGUAACAGGGAUCUCAGAAAAUUUGGUUCUGAUCCAAAUACACACCUGUGUUUCAGCUCAGUGUUUUUUAAGCAAGAAAAAUUCCACACAGUAAAAGAAAAAAAGUGUUUACUUUGUUGGACAAACCAAAUCGGUUCUCAAAAAAUGACCGGUGCUUGUAAAAAGUUAUUACAAAGUAGUUCUGAAACCAACCACCUGAAUGCACGUGGCUGAGAGAAUCAGCCUGGUGAGGCUUUACCUAAGACACCAGUUCCAGAGUCACUGACUGCGGGGAGAACCAGUGCAGAAAUUCUAUAAACUGCUGUUUUUGAUACCUGCUUUUUUGUUUUGUUCUGUUUUGUAAAAUUAUGAUAAACUUCAGAAAAUAAAAUGUCAGUGUUGAAUAA